UACUUUUCAGCAUUUCAAGAACAGAAGAAAGCUUUUUGGCGUCUGAAAAUCAUGGCAAGAGCCGCUUCUCUUCUACUCCUCUCGGUAUUAUACUUCACCACCACGGCCAUGGCGGCAGCCCCCGCCACUGAGCACUCCGGUGACACGACCUUCAUAAAAACCUCAUGCAAAUCCACCAGUUACCCCGCCCUCUGCGUGCGCUCUCUUUCAGCUUACGCCGACGCAAUCCAACAGAACCCGCGCCAGUUGGUUCUCACGGCCUUGUCGGUGAGCCUGUCGAGGGCGGAGUCGGCUAAAUCAUUUGUCAUGGAGUUGAAGAAGCUUAAGAACUUGAAGAACAGGGAGAUCGAAGCCAUUGCAGACUGCCUGGAAGAGAUGGGCGACACUGUGUACGGGCUCAGCAAGUCGAUUAAGGAGAUGAAGCACCUGGGUCAAGCCAAAGAUCAGGAAUUUUUGUGGCACAUGAGCAAUGUGGAGACCUGGGUCAGCGCCGCUCUCACUGAUGAAAACACUUGCGUUGAUGGGUUCGCCAGCAAGGCUUUGAAUGGGAACAUCAAGGAUUCGAUUAAGAGUGAAAUUAUUAAUGUUGCAAAAGUUACUAGCAAUGCCCUGGCCUUGAUUAACAACUUUGCUGCAUCACAAUGAUCAAGCUAGCAGCCAUGGAUGUGGGUGAAAAAGCUCCAAGACGUAGAAAUUAAGCUUUACGUAUAGAUGUAAAAUAUGAGUGUUGUGAGUUCAGCUUUGUGCUGGGUAUUGAACAAGAUGAACUGUUUAAUUUGCAGUAAUAAGUUGAUCUAAGCCUGAAAACUGAAUCAAUAUCAUUUCAUUUCUGAAUUAAA